GCCCCGCCCCGGACCUGCUACGCCCCUCUCCGCUCGCGCCUGCCUCGCCCAUGCCCAGCUCCCUAGCCCCCACGGCCCCGCCCACGCCCAGCUCCCGGGCCCCGCCCUUGCCUGCCCGGACCCUCAGUGACCCCAUCCCUGGGCGGGGCCCGUGGGUGGACCCUGAAUUCGCCUCUCCUCCUGUCCUCUGGGAGGUGGUGGUUUCCAUGGGAAUCCGUGAGGGUAGCCGGGCAGCUCCCUAAACCUUAGCAACAGAAACAAAACACACGUACAAAAGGCAGUCCUGGAGGGGAAGCGUGGUACCGGCCCCUCCUCCGGUUUGUACUGUGUGGAUUGACGCGGACGUUCAAACCCGCUCGGACACCUGGCAACAAACUCGAAAGUGACUGCUGAAGGCAGUGCGCCCGGUGAGACGUUGUUGCAGUUCCCUUGGGGACUGGGAUUGGCAUACUUUAGCUAUCUGAACGAAACUUCCCUUUGGGGAGGCUCCCCGAAUGAGAAAGAAUACUCGGAAUCAGCGGUGAAUUGCAGUGAUCUUUCAGAGAAAGCGCCUGUUCAACUUUGUCCUCUCUCAGAGACUCAGAGCCUUGGGGCACUGAGGGCUGCCAGUUCUGCCUGUUCAUCUGGAACCUGGAUCUAAGGAGGGAAGAGGCGUUGCCCCUGCUGGCAUAGUCAGGUACCAGCCCAGCCAGGUAUUGAACGGGCUGAGCUUUUAAUGAUGGUUCCUGCUGACCUGGAAACAUCUUAAGUGGAAGGUUAGCUUCUAUGAGUCACUGAUACUCUUUUUAUUGCUAUUUCUAAAUUUCCUUGGCUUGAAAAUUACUUCUGCUUUGCAGAAAUUAUCUGCUUGCAGCUGUAGAUAAUUUAUAACAAUCUCUGGUGAAGCCUCAGAAAAAAGAUAUGCUUUUGUCUUAGAUGGAUGUCAGCAGCUGCUGCAGAACCCGGUGAAAACACCCCCCGGGUAGCACGAGGCUCUGCGAGCCGUAACUCCGACAAACGCAGAACUUCUUGAGGCUUUCUUCUUCUAAGGAGUAUGACACAGUUAAAAAGGAAAAAAGAACCACAAGCAAAACAGUUGCCAGUGAAAUAGGAGAGGGAGCUCUUUAAACAAGGCUGGCUGCAGCUGGCCUCCGCCGCUCAUCUGCAGGGCGUGAGCGCUUGGUCCAUGCAGUGAAGCUCUUCCAACCUGGGUCAACGAAAACGGAGAAGAAAUGGCCCAAGAAGUAGAUCUGAGUGCUCUCAAGGAGUUAGAACGCGAGGCCAUUCUCCAGGUCCUGUACCGAGACCAGGCGGUUCAAAACACAGAGGAGGAGAGGAUACGGAAACUGAAAACACACCUGCAGCAUCUCCGGUGGAAAGGAGCGAAGAACACGGACCGGGAGUACAAAGAGAAGUGCUGUGCGCGCUGCCAGCAGGUGCUGGGGUUCCUGCUGCACCGGGGCGCCGUGUGCCGGGGCUGCAGCCACCGCGUGUGCGCCCAGUGCCGAGUGUUCCUGAGGGGGACCCAUGCCUGGAAGUGCACGGUGUGCUUCGAGGACAGGAAUGUCAAAAUAAAAACUGGAGAAUGGUUCUAUGAGGAACGAGCCAAGAAAUUUCCAACUGGAGGCAAACAUGAGACAGUUGGAGGGCAGCUCUUGCAAUCUUAUCAGAAGCUGAGCAAAAUUUCUGUGGUUCCUCCUACUCCACCUCCUGUCAGCGAGAGCCAGUGCAGCCGCAGUCCUGGCAGGUUACAGGAAUUUGGUCAGUUUAGAGGAUUUAAUAAGUCCGUGGAAAAUUUGUUUCUGUCUCUUGCUACCCACGUGAAAAAGCUCUCCAAAUCCCAGAAUGAUAUGACUUCUGAGAAGCAUCUUCUUGCCACAGGCCCCAGGCAGUGUGCGGGGCAGACAGAGAGACGGAGCCAGUCUGACACUGCGGUCAACGUCACCACCAGGAAGGUCAGUGCACCAGAUAUUCUGAAACCUCUCAAUCAAGAGGAUCCCAAAUGCUCUACUAACCCUAUUUUGAAGCAACAGAAUCUCCCAUCCAGUCCGGCACCCAGUACCAUAUUCUCUGGAGGUUUUAGACACGGAAGUUUAAUUAGCAUUGAUAGCACCUGUACAGAGAUGGGCAAUUUUGACAAUGCUAAUGUCACUGGAGAAAUAGAAUUUGCCAUUCGUUAUUGCUUCAAAACCCAUUCUUUAGAAAUAUGCAUCAAGGCCUGUAAGAACCUUGCCUAUGGAGAACAAAAGAAGAAAAAGUGCAAUCCGUAUGUGAAGACCUACCUGUUGCCCGACAGAUCCUCCCAGGGAAAGCGCAAGACUGGAGUCCAAAGGAACACGGUGGACCCGACCUUUCAGGAGACCUUGAAGUAUCAGGUGGCCCCUGCCCAGCUGGUGACCCGGCAGCUGCAGGUCUCGGUGUGGCAUCUGGGCACGCUGGCCCGGAGAGUAUUUCUUGGAGAAGUGAUCAUUCCUCUGGCCACGUGGGACUUUGAAGACAGCACAACACAGUCCUUCCGCUGGCAUCCGCUCCGGGCCAAGGCGGAGAAAUACAAAGACAGCAUUCCUCAGAGUAAUGGAGAGCUCACAGUCCGGGCUAAGCUGGUUCUCCCUUCAGGGCCCAGAAAACUCCAAGAGGCUCAAGAAGGGACAGAUCAGCCAUCACUUCAAGGUCAACUUUGUUUGGUAGUGCUAGGAGCCAAGAAUUUACCUGUGCGGCCAGAUGGCACCUUGAACUCAUUUGUUAAGGGCUGUCUCACUCUGCCAGACCAACAAAAACUGAGACUGAAGUCGCCAGUCCUGAAGAAGCAGGCUUGCCCCCAGUGGAAACACUCAUUUGUCUUCAGUGGCGUAACCCCAGCUCAGCUGAGGCAGUCGAGCUUGGAGUUAACCGUCUGGGACCAGGCCCUCCUGGGAAUGAACGACCGCUUGCUUGGAGGAGCCAGACUUGGUUCAAAGGGAGACACAGCUGUUGGCGGGGAUGCAUGCUCACAAUCGAAGCUCCAGUGGCAGAAAGUCCUUUCCAGCCCCAAUCUAUGGACAGACAUGACCCUUGUCCUGCACUGACAUGAAGGCCUCAAGGUUCCAGGUUGCAGCAGGUGUGAGGCACUGUGCGUCUGCAGAGGGGCUACGAACCAGGUGCAGGGUCCCAGCUGGAGACCCCUUUGGACCUUGAGCAGUCUCCAUCUGUGGCCCUGUCCCGUGGCUUAACCGCCUAUUGGUAUCUGUGUAUAUUUACGUUAAACACAAUUGCUACCUAAGCCUCUGGUGGGUUAUCUCCUCUUUGAGAUGUAGAAAAUGGCCAGACUUUAAUAAACAUUGUUACCUGUGUC